UUUAACGAUAAAAUGUAUAGAAAUGGCUAGGGGCGGUAUCAUUGUACUGGAUCAUGCCUUUUAAGGUGGAAAUGUACACGUAAUGAACGCUGCGCAACCACAUAACUAUCGUUAUUUUUGUAAAAAGAUAUUAUGGCAAACGCGCGUUGUUUACAGCUUCACUGUUACAUUAUUAUUAUAUGGCAUGUUACUUUUACAUGAAAAGUAUUCAUCAAAUGUUUUUAUCUGAAAUUAAUAUCGAGAAAAGCUAAUUUUAAAAUCGGCCGUUUAACAAGUUGACUGGUAUGAGCAUUAAAUUAACUCACAUUUACAUUGAGUAACAAAAAUCUUGCCAGUCAACUUGUUAAGUGCUCUACACUGUAUUAUAGCAUCAUCAUCAAAAAUAAACCUCAGAGAAUCUAGUAAAAUAUUUUUAAUUGGUAACAUGUCGAAUUAAAUUGUUGGCAGCAAGCUACCUUCUAUAAGACAAGUUUUAAGUGUACUUUUUUUUAACGUACGAAAUGUAAAAUUAAAUGUUCAUGAUAGUGCAAAAUUAGUUGUUCGUGAAAUUGUUAUAUUCUGGGAAAAAGCGCGUAUUCCAGUUAGAGAAGAAUAUCACUUAACCGCAAAAGUUGAAUCAUUGUAUAAUGAAUGGCGAAACCUACAAAAACAUGCCACUAGAAAAUUAGCUGCUAAUAAAAAAAAAGAAGAAGAAUUUGUAAAUAAGUUGGAUGAUAUUUUUGAUAUAGCACAUGCUAAUGCUCUUAAUUUAAUGAAAAUAGAAAGCGACAAAAAGUUUUUAAUUGCUCAAAGGACAAAAGAAAGAUCUGGUUGUAUGCUGGGAACAGAUAGAAAACAUCAAAAACUUGAAGAACGAAUUGAAAAAAGGUCUACAAAUUUUGCCGAAAGAAGAAAUAGAGCUUAUGAUGAAAUGAAAUCUUCAGUUUAUUGUUCCAAAAUUGAUUCAUCUUUGUCAGAUUCCUCAAACUCUGAUGACCUGUCAGAAUUACAAAAUCCUUGUCUUCCUAGUACAUCGAACACCCAAGAAAAAAUUUUACCUGAUUCUGAUGAAAAAAAAAAGAGCUAGGAAAGAAAUAAUGUCUAAGCGUUUAGCGGCUGUACUUGACAAGUGUAAAGUUGUAACGUGACAAAAGUAUCUAUUUAU